AUGUCUCCACAUGAAGAAGAAUCUAUUAAUGAAUUAGAAAAAAAUGCCAGUAACAAUAAUGACAAUGUCGAAUAUAAUAUAACAAAUCCCACUAAUAAUGACAACAAUUCAAUUAUUACAUCAAAAACGAAGUUUAAAAAAUUAGUUGUAAAAGAGAGACCAAAUACACCAAAUGAAAUUGUUUUACACGCGAUAAUCGGUGGUUUUAGAUCUUAUAUAAUGGCUUAUGGUAUUCGUGGUGGUGUGAAAUUUCUACUUAAUUUAUUAACUGUAUUUAGAAAAAGGAAAGGAACAAUUUAUCAAGCAUUUAUACGUGGGUUUUUUGGAAAAGAUGCAAUUAGAUUUGCAGUAGGAUUUGGAGGAUUUUCAUUUUUAUGGAAAUUUAUAAAUAAUGGAUUACGUUAUACGCGUUCGAUUGCUGGUUUUUCACUUUUGGCUGAAAAACGCGAACGAAGAAUAGAAAUUUCACAACAAUUAUUUGUUCGUGCACUUCAAGCAUUGUGUAAUGCUGGUCGUGCCAGAAAAUAUUUUCGAAUUCCACAUGGUAUUCCUUUACUAUUCAUGAUUACCACUGGACAAGUUUUAUAUGCUUACACGAUGCAUCCGAAUACGAUACCAUCAGAAUUUCUUCAAUGGAUGAUGGAAAUUGGACGUGUUCCCAAAGAAACAUUGGAUUUAAAUUUGAAACUAAAACGUGGUAACAGCCCCUUAAAGUUGAAUGAUAUGAUGGAAAUACUUGAUAAAUAUAAAGGAACUAAACAUGCUUAUCAAGUUGUUUCAAAUUUACCAUCAAACUCUGUUGUAAUUCCCUGUGCAUUGAUACAUCCAAAGUUUGAUUCGUGUAUUUAUUCAAUAAUGGACAGAUUUUUUCGAGUGUUCAAAACAGUUUUUCCAGUUUAUGCAACUUUAAACUUCGUGCCGAUGAUCGCAUUAAAAAUUUUACAAUUUAUUAAAGAUCCAAAAUCCCUUGUUAAAAAAAGUUCAGUAAAUACUGUAAGAUCAAGUCUAUUUUUAUCAUCACUUAUCAUCACCUACCAAAUACAAAUUUGUCUACAUCGCAAUAUUACAAAAAGUAUCGGUCUAAAUUGGGACUCGAAAUAUUUGUAUUGGUUGGCUGGUGUAUUCUCUUGUGCGACAAUCUUUAUUGAACAUAAAAGUAGAAGAACAGACUUGACUCUAUAUAUUUUACCUAAAGCUGCUGAAUCUUUGUAUAAAAUUAUGUAUCAAAAAAACUGGAUCUUCGAAUUACAUCAAACUACUGAUAUUUGGUUUUUCUCUGCCGCUAUGGGAGUUAUUAUG